GGUUUGCAACUUGCUACACAUUGCUAAGGUUAACUCCGCUCAUAUUUCCCACAUGAGUCUAUAAACAUCUAAAAUCCUAACAAAUUUGUUAUAAUUUGUAGGAAAAAUGUCAUUAAUAUUAAGAAAUCUAUUUAAACAACUAUCAGUAAGAUCUGCGCUUAAACCUCCGGUAAUAAGCACGGUGCCAAGACAUUUUAUGUCCAGCAAACCAGUCCCUUAUGAAAUUGUUGAUCCAAAUGAGAAAAAGCUUCUGAAUCAAGAUAUAAUAAACAAAGUAAACUCACAGAUUGCCAAUAAUGAACAAGGCAGACUGUUUGCUGUGGUGCACAUCAGUGGUAAACAAUUUAAGAUUACUGAGGGUGAUAUUAUUAUUGUAGAAGGCUAUUGGCCUCCAACAGCAGGGGAUAAAAUAAAAUUGGAGAAGACAAUGCUUGUUGGAUCAAAGGACUUUACUUUGAUUGGUACUCCAUUGUUACAAGAUGGAUUAGUUGAUAUCUAUGCAACUGUUAUAGAAAAAACAUUAUCCCAUACAAAAACAAACUUUAAGAAGAAAAGAAGGAAGCAGUACACUAAUAUUAACUUCUACAGAGUACAACAAACAAUGCUGAGGAUCAACCAGAUUGUUAUCAAAGGAACAGUGGAUAGUCCGCCGGAUGUAACUGGUCUUGAACAUCGCAUUUUGUAAAUGUUUAUACAAAUAUAGAGUAAAAAUAGAAAAUAAAUUUCACACUACAAAUAUUAA